CUUUCCUCCCGCUCGCCGCUCUUGCUAGCCCAGCCUCGUCCCGACCGAGCCUCGGUUGAGGGAGGCGCCGCCGCCGCAGCCGCAGUCCCAAGAUGUUUGACAAGACGCGGCUCCCCUAUGUGGCGCUGGACGUGGUAUGCGUGGUCCUAGCUGGCUUACCCCUUGCUGUUCUAAACUUGGCAAAUAUAAAGCCGUACCAGAGGGGCUUUUUCUGUAAUGAUGACAGCAUCAGCUACCCGUUCCAUGACAGUACCAUCACAUCUACUGUCCUCUACACAGUGGGGUUCACUGUGCCCAUUUGUUCUAUAAUCAUAGGAGAGGUCCUUUCGGUAUAUCACAACUGUUUGCACUCUAAUUCAUUUGUGCGAAAUAACUACAUUGCUGCUAUUUACAAGGCUCUGGGAACAUUCCUUUUUGGUGCAGCUGUUAGCCAAUCUUUGACAGACAUUGCCAAAUACUCUAUAGGGAGGCUGAGGCCUCACUUUCUGGACAUAUGCAGACCGGAUUGGCACCGUAUCAACUGCAGUGCUGGUUACAUUGAAAACUUCAAAUGCCUUGGAGACAAAGCAAAGGUUAAUGAAGGAAGACUGUCAUUUUACUCUGGACAUUCGUCAUUCUCCAUGUAUUGCAUGCUGUUCCUAGCACUUUAUCUUCAGGCCAGAAUGAAAAGUGACUGGGCAAGACUUUUGCGUCCUACAGUCCAGUUUGGGCUUAUUGCUGCAUCCAUCUAUGUGGGCCUCUCCCGUGUUUCUGAUUACAAACAUCACUGGAGCGAUGUGUUGACUGGACUCAUCCAGGGAGCUCUGGUAGCAGCACUUGUUGUUGUGUAUGUCUCAGAUUUCUUCAAAGAGAGAGGCCGUACAUUUAAACAGAAGGAGGAAGAAGAUUCACAUACAACUCUACAUGAGACGCCUACCAAUGGAAAUCACUAUGGCACUAAUCACCAGCCAUGACAGGUUCAAGAGCUAUUAUCCUGUGGAAUCUCCUGCUGUUUAAAAGGAAAAUUUCACAAAUCUUUCUGGUCUAUGUAAAAACCAUAAAUAAAUUAAAUGCCUUUUGAAGGGACUGCUGCUGCUAUACCUCUUGGAUGCUCACUUUACAUGUAUAUAGUUAACAACAAUGUAUCUAAAAAUCUCGAAUUUCUAUGGGUUCAAGCUUUUGCUUUAUAAACAGAGUAUCCUGGCUAUUUUUUAAUUAAAAUAAUGUGUAAUACUCAUAUACAAACAGCAGUGGAAUACAUUCAAAGAAAGAAUUUGUCUUGCUUGGGAAGAGGAAGCACUGGUCAUUGUAGUGGCCCUUCCUUGGAGCAACUGCUGCAGAAUGAAUGCUGUUCAGACACCACUACAGGAACGCAUUUCUUAUAGGUAAAGACUUGCAGCAAACACAAUGUCUCGCUUGAUUUUUGUAAUUCCUGUUGAGAAGAAAAAAGAAAGGUAUAUCCAAUCUUAAGGGCAUAGUUGUACCCAGAUACUGCUUGCUUAAGGUCUACUAAAAUGCAUAUGAAAUUAAACUUCUGAAAAAUCUUGCCAAGAAAACUGCAGGGACUUAUCCAGGCAGUCUCUGAGAAUGGGACAUGAUUGAAUGGAUUAAAAAAAAACUGAAUUUUUAAAAUAUGUAUUUUCUCUCAGUUUCCACUUCAAGAUAUUGCACAGCUAUUUUGACAGUGCUAUGGAAACACUAGCGGUCUCCUAGGUAACACCCCCCUUCAAAUAUCAGCAAUAGCAGAUUAUAACAGGCAUGUUUAGUUCAAAAGGAAUAUUUUGGCUUGUG